AUGAUGGGAACCUAUUUAACUGUGAUAAUGUCCUACGAUUCGAAUAAAUUUUCAAAAAUACUCACCAAAUCGCAUAAUCUCACAUUUAACAUCAGUGAUACCGCUCAAUUGACGUGUCAUGUAACACAACUGGGCACUCAUCAUGUUACAUGGCUAAAAUACGAUUCAACAAAUUUACAUCAGCCUCCACAACCAUUAGCUGUUGGACAAACACUAUUUACUGUUGAUAAACGUUAUUCUGUUUCAUCAUAUGCUACAUCAGAUAUCGAUACCUAUUGGACAUUGGAAAUAUAUAAAAUACAACCAAGUGAUGAAGGAUUGUACGAAUGUAAAAUUAGUAACAGAAAAGUUAGUGUAUCAAGCAAAGUAACAGUAACAGUCCAAGUUCCAAUGGAAAUUCAUCCAUCGUCUCUAGAUGCUGAACCGGGCACAAAUGUCGCUCUCUAUUGUAAUGUUUAUCUCAAUGAACUUCAAAAUACUUCAUCUUCAUCAUCAUUACUACCAUCAUUACCGUUAAUAACAUGGCGUUUUAAUGAAAGUCGUAUUGAACGUUUAAACCAUGUUACAACAGCUUCAAAAUGUGAAAAUAAUAUGUCAGUAAGUCGUCUAAUUAUUCGUGAAGCUCAAAUAUUUCAUAGUGGACUAUGGACAUGUAAUUAUAAAAGACAAAGACGAAGCGCCAUAUUACAUGUUAAAAAAGGUAUUGAACGUACACAUAAUCGUCAUCGAACAAGUGCAUUAUUAUCAUCAUCCUCAUCAUCGAAUUUAAUUUCAAACUUUUAUGUUAUUCUACUCUAUGGUCUAAUGAUUAUUCUUUCAUACAAGUAG